AUGUUGUUGAUUUCUUUGAUUAUAAUAAUAAGUGUUUUGUCAUUUAUUGUUCCAUUUAUUGCUCGCUCAAACAGAUUUCCACAUCAUGAAGCUCCACCAUUGGUUUUUGAACACAUUAGUGACUAUAUAUAUCCUCAAUUAUCUGGUAUUAGAACCAAUAUGGUUGAUGAAGAUACUCCAAGAGAGGCUUAUGUUAGAAAGAAUAGAGAUGGUGAAGAUUGGGAAUUGGUCUUUUCUGAUGAGUUUAAUGCUGAAGGUAGAACAUUUUAUCCAGGAAUGGAUCAAUUUUGGGAAGCUGUUGAUUUACAUUAUGCUGCUACUAGAGAUUUAGAAUGGUAUGAUCCUGACGCAGUGAUUACUUCUAAUGGUACAUUGAACUUGAGGAUGGAUGUUUUGCAAAAUCAUGGAUUAUUUUAUAGAAGUGGUAUGCUUCAAAGUUGGAAUAAAAUGUGUCAUAGUGAAGGGAUCGUGGAAAUCUCAGCAAAAUUACCUGGAUCUUCCUUAACUGCUGGUUUGUGGCCUGGUUUAUGGACUCUUGGUAACUUGGCCAGACCUGGAUAUAUGGCUACUACUGAUGGUGUAUGGCCAUACAGUUAUGAUGAAUGUGAUGCUGGUAUUACUGCAAAUCAAUCAAGCGAUGAUGGGUUGUCACAAUUACCUGGACAAAAGUUGAAUAAAUGUACUUGUAAAGGGGAAGAUCAUCCAAACAGAGGAGUUGGUAGAGGAGCUCCAGAAAUUGAUCUUUUGGAAGGUGCUCAUUCAACUAAAGUUAUCUUUGGUGUUGCUUCUCAAACUCUUCAAGUUGCCCCUUUUGAUAUUUGGUACCAACCUGACUAUGAUUUUAUUGCAAUUCAUAAUUUGAGUAAAUCAAAUCAAAAUUCUUUUAGAGGUACACCUUUCCAAGAGAUGGUUUCCACUAUUACAACCAUUAACGAGACUUGGUUUCAAUAUGUUGUUGAUCCAGAUGAUCCAAAUAUUAUUUUGGAUGAUCAAACUUAUUUUCAAAAGUAUGCAGUUGAAUAUUUGAGUAAAGUUCAAAGAAAAGAGGAUGCUUAUGUUAGAUUUUUUUUAGGAGAUGAGCCUACAGUUACAAUAGAGGGUAGUGCAAUGCAUCCAGAUGGUAAUAUAGGAUGGAGAGAUAUGCCAAAAGAACCAAUGUCUAUGGUUUUGAAUUUGGGUCUUUCUACAGCGUGGUCACAAAUUGAUUGGUUUCAUAUUAAUUUUCCAGUUACUUUUGAAAUUGAUUAUGUUCGUAUUUAUCAGCCAAAGUUAAAAACACAAUUGACUUGUGAUCCAGGUGACUUUCCAACUGGUGAUUAUAUUGAAAGACAUAAGAAUGCUUAUAUGAAUCCAAAUUUAACAACAUGGGAACAAGCUGGUUAUGAAUAUCCAAAAAAAUAA